GACGCCAUUUCCUCGGCGCCCCCGCGGCGGCGCGGCUGCAUCAGCGCUGACGUGAGGACGACGUGCGGCUCCGCCCGGCCCGGUCCCCCCCACCCCCUGUGACGGGGGCAGCACGUACAGGGCGGCGGUGCAGGGUUUGGUAGGAGAGAAAGGGAGCCGAAGAGAUCCAAGCUCUUGUUUUAAAACUCACACCUUCCGUUAUGACUAAGUGUGCCAAGAAAUAUCGAAAAGGAGCUGUCAGACUGAUGACCAUGGAAAUGGUUGAACAGGAUGACAAUGCAGUGGAUUCUCUGACAGAGAGAAGUGCUGGUCACCUUCAGAAUCAGCCAGGCCAGAAUCAGAUUUCCUCAGGAUCUGAGGUUUCUGUAGCUGCUUCCAGUGCUGGAAGAGGAUCUCCAGCUGUAACUCUAGUGCAGUUGCCUUCUGGUCAAACUGUUCAUGUCCAGGGUGUCAUUCAAGCCACACAGCCCUCAGUCAUUCAGUCACCACACAUGCAAGCUGUUCAGGUAGCAUCGAUUGCAGAUGAAGCUGCACAAUCAGAAGUGAUAAUUGAUUCUCAAAAACGUAGGGAAAUACUUUCAAGAAGGCCUUCAUACCGAAAAAUUUUGAAUGAGCUCUCCUCAGAUGCACCUGCAGUAGCGAAGAUUGAAGAAGAAGAGAAGUCAGAAGAUGAAGGAACGCCUUCUGGUAUUUCUGCAGUGGCCAUGCCAACCAGCCUGUAUCAUACUAACACAGGGCAAUACCUUACCAUAUCUCAAGGUGGUACAAUUCAGACUGUGACAAAUUCGGGAGCUCCUCAGCCAGGUGCUACCAUUGUGCAAUAUGCAGCACAGUCAUCUGAUGGCACACAACAGUUUUUUGUUCCUGGAAGCCAAGUUGUUGUUCAAGCUGCCACUGGAGACAUGCCAGCUUACCAGAUCCGAACUCCCACAACCACCUUACCUCAGGGAGUGGUGAUGGCAGCCUCGCCAGGGACUCUGCACAGCCCUCAGCAAAUGGCAGAAGAGGCCACACGCAAAAGAGAGCUGAGACUUUUGAAAAAUAGGGAAGCUGCCAGAGAAUGUCGCAGAAAGAAGAAAGAAUAUGUCAAAUGUCUUGAAAAUCGUGUGGCUGUGCUUGAAAACCAAAACAAGACUCUCAUUGAGGAACUCAAGGCCCUCAAAGAUCUUUAUUGUCAUAAAGCAGAAUAACUGUCUUUCAUUUGGACCUCCUUUAUUAUGAACUUUAAUCAAGGCAUGAGAGGAAGCAAUUCUACAGAUUGCCAUAUGAACUUGAGAAAGAGACACUUGAGGCCCUUGUGGAACCCAGUUUUGCUUAGUGUUUUCAGACUGAUUUGGGAGAUAUUCCAAAAUUUGGAAUUCUGUCAUAGUCUCCAUACUCUGCUGAGCUUUCUAAUGGCAUGCAAAUGGCUUUUUUGUUUGCACUUUUUACUUCUGCUUUUUGCAGGGAAGCUGCUAAAGAAUGUCGACGUCGGAAGAAAGAAUACAUAAAAUGUCUGGAGAGUCGUGUUGCAGUGCUAGAAGUUCAGAACAAGAAACUUAUACAGGAGCUUGAAACCCUAAAAGACAUUUGCUCUUCCAAAACAGAUUAGUAAAAAUAUUUAUUAUACUGUGAACUAAGAUAUGUCCAGUUGCUUUGUAAGACAAUACAUAGCCAACAUGACUUACGGCUUUCUCUUUGUGUCAUUUAUAAUAUAUUCCAACUCCUAACAUUCCUGAAUGCUUUCCUGCUUUUUGUCAAUUCAUAGCUCUAAUUUCAGGUUUUUCAUGCACCAUCCUUCUGUCUCCCAAGGAGCCAAAUGUUAAAAAAUAUAACAAAGUAAAAAAGUGCAUAAUUUCUAAGAGCUGUUUCUUUGCCAUGUAUUUACAAAUUACUUUUACAUGUUACUGAGUGUCCUGCACAUUAAAAAUAUUUUGCAAUUGUUUUAGAUGAAUCAUAAAGAUAAUGCAUCCAGUAAUACAAGAAAAUCAAACAACCCAAGGUAUCUCAGGAAAGAGUUUAUAAAAGAAUGUUAUGAUUAUAUGUAUGUACUAGCAUACUAGUCUACAGAUGAUUUUAUGGCAUAUUUUUAUAUUAGUUGCUUUGUGGAAAAAAGUAUUGUAUUGCUGUCACUGAGUGCCAUGGUUAAAGAUAGUUUUUAAUAGAACCAUGUUGUUUAACCUG